AUGACCACCUCACACCGUGUCUCAACGGGGGCUAUCAUUCUUCCCAAGACUUUCCCUUCGGCCACAAACCUACAAAACAUACUAUACCGGUACAAGGAUAUUCGACUCAAUGGCUUCAAAACCAACCCUGAAGCCUUCGCAUCCUCAUAUGAAGAAGCGUCUAAGAAAUCCGAUGAGGCAUGGCGGUCCCAACUGCAAAGCCGCGUAAGCAAGACAUUUGUCUCAGUCAUUGAGUCCGAGAAAACGCCAGAUUACAACCAUGGGAUCGGAAAUUUUGAGAAUCUUGAUUGUACCCACCCAUUACUCGAGCAAUUGCUGCAAAAUGACUGGGCUGGCAUUGUUUCGAUCACUGGUCCCAUUCCAUUCCCGAAACCCAAUGAAGCCGCAGAAAAACAGCUAAGCAAGCCGUGGGAAGUCUUUAUAAGGGAUGGCAAAUACCAUCUAUCCUCAAUGCCACCGGACCCCCAUGAUUUGCAAGGGAAUUGCAUCGUUUAUGUGAUUGGAGGCCUGUUUGUUUCGCCUCAGGCACGGGGGCAAGGACGUGCUCGCCAGCUGAUUAAUGCUGCAAUCGCAUCCGCCUAUCAAGAAGCCAGAGCGAUAGCUAGCUCGAAAGCUAGCAUUGUCGUCCAGGCUGAAGCUGGGAAUACCCGUGCAUGUCGCCUAUACGAGAGUUUGGGGUUUGAACUGCGGGACAGUGAGCUGCUUAUGAAGAAACAAAAUGGAGACACCUCGCUUACAGCGUCGUUUGUGAUGGAUCUUGAACUAAGUUGA